AUACCAAAACCUGACAAGCUGUUAGCCWUUUAUUCUUUGCCUAUCAAGGGGGUAAAAAAAUUAUAACAUAAAAUUAACGAAGAAAAAAAGAAGCAGACAUGAGCGAUUGGUCUAGUGGAAUAUGUGGAUGUUUUGAAGACAUUGGUAUCUGUGCUACAGCAUACUUUUGCCCGUGUAUUGUAGCAGGAAGAAAUGCCGAAGCAAUGGGAGAAAGCUGUWUUCUACAUGGUUGUCUCUCCAUGAUGGGUUGUGUAGGGAUCUAUUGUGGUGCUCAAAUCAGGGGGAAAAUCCGAGAAAAAUACAUCAUUCCGGGGUCUUUUGGUAAUGAUUGUCUGUUUCACUUGUGUUGUCCUGUGUGCGCGUAUGCACAAGAAGCGAGAGAACUCAAGUCACGUGCCCCAGCAGGAGAGGCGAUUGUUCGAACUUGAAGUGUUUCUCAGUUUCGUAAACGUUUCGUUAUUCAUGUAUGAUCAUACAUCCGUUGCUGUUUCUCUGCUUCAAUCAGGAGUUAGAUGUGUUUUACAUUUUCUCAACCAGACUCAUUUCCUGCAGAAAACAUUAGGAGACCCGGCCAGCAAAACUCGCGUGUAAAAACUGUCUGAAACACAAGGCGCCCACUUCAGAUAACUUUAUCCAUACUAAGCUUAUCCCAGACCCUGAACCUCGAACACAAUGCUACUUAACUAUAUAUGUGGUUUCAUUUCUUCUUCUUUUUCUCAAAGUGGGUACCCUGUGGCUCAAAUGAUUUCUAACUUUAUCUACAGGUAACGAGUUUUUGCCGUCUCCGAGUGUUUCUACUUGAAAUGGAUAAUGGCUUACGAUUAGACUUUCAACUUACUUGUAAAUACAAUACCCAAUGUAUCAUUAAUUUUACCUUGUUUUUACGACAACAAAAAAACGCAAAGUAUCAUGGGUAUGGGAAAGAAAAGGGAGGAAUUCGAGAAAAGGCAGAGGACGUUGUGCCAGUCUCAAGUUCAGUUGAUGAUAAAUUUAUUUUUUAAGUGGUUCAAUCGAUUUCUCAUCCAUACGAAUUCUUUGUACACACCGACCAAUGACCAAUAUUCUAUUUGUAGCCUUAGAAACUCAUUUAUAGUUUAUUAUGAUUAGUUUUCUUGAACGCGGUCGAAAUAUAAUGCAACAUGUAUUGUUUUGAAUGUUACGUAGAAUAAAAAUAUCCGCUUUUGAUAAAA